GUUCUGGGCUCCCUGGACCGGUCUAGGAGUCGGGAGCUCCCUGGGUCUUUUCGGCCUGUGAGCAGUGGCGCUCAGGGGCCGCUGCGGCACAUUCCUAGGCAGGCGCGGCCGGCACCCGGGCCGGGAGGGGACUUCAGCAGGCAGCUGGACGUUGGAGCUGGAGGGGAGGCUUAGGGCGCCCAUCAGAGAGGCGCAGAGUAGCCCCCACCCCCUCUAGCCUCCGAUAAGCUGCAGCCCCAGGCAGUGGGUAAGGGGCAGCCCGGUGCGGCUGGUGGGGGGCAGCUCCGGGAUCUCGCCUGGGCAGGAGAGUGCCCGGCUCCGGGGCGGGUCUAGGACGUGGGGCGGAGUCCUUAUAAGGCCCAUGCUGCGGCCGGCGGCAGAGCGAGCGCAUUUGGUACAUCCACAUCCUUUACAAUGGCUUCGAAAAUCAUAAAGGGCUCCGGAGAGAUUCUUUGCGAAGGAGAGCUGGAGAAGCGAAGUGACAGCCUGUUCCAGCUGUGGAAGAAGAAGCGCGGCGUGCUCACCGAAGACCGCCUGAGCCUCUACUCCGGGAGCAGCGACCGAGUCAAAGAGCUGCGCUUCAGCACCAUCCUCAAGGUGGACUGCGUGGAGCACACCAACAAGUACGUGUACUUCACCAUCGUCACCACCAACUUCAAGGAGAUCGACUUCCGCUGCACCGGCAAGAGCUCCUGGAACGCGUUCAUCACCCUGGCGCUGAUCGACUACCAGAACCGCCGGGCGGUGGAAGGCUUCCGCCGCCACCGUUUUCAGCGCGUCGCGUCGGAAGAGCAGCCGGAAUCCGAAGAGCAGCGCGCCCUGAGUCCGUGAGACACACGGGACCAGUCGAGCCGGGAACCAGCCCACGCGGCCGCGUCAAACAGGAUCCCAGGAGCCCAGCAGAUGCCCCGGGCGACGCCGCUGCUCCUCUCCGAAGAUUUUCCCGUACUUGCUGAGCCUCGCCCCGCUGUGCGGGGCGUGCUAACUUAUUGGACAAUAUUUAUUUUGAUGGUCGUCAGCUGUCAAUCCACCGUCUUAAUAUUUCCGCCUUAAUAUUUUUUUAUACUGUA